CUUGUCUGCUGAGCUGCGGCCUUUGUGGUCGCCAAUGCAAUCAACCUGGAGCUUCUACAGGUUUGUCCUCAGCUGGCCUGGCAUUCGGACUUUUCUCAGCGAGUGCCGGAUUUGGCUCGUUGCUUAUAAGGUGCAAAGUCUGCAGCUGAUCCCUUCAACACGCUGCCUUUGGUCUUAAGGCCAAGGCGGAGGAAUUGCUGCUAGCCAAAGCGACGGCCGUUCUUUGCGCACCCGUUCUUCUUUCUUCCGCGCCUGUGUGCAUGGCGCCGGUGAAGCAAGCUGUCCCCUUGGUCGCGAUCUGGCCAGUCACGUCGGGCCAGUCACGUCAGCGGGCCCACGGCCGGUGCCGACAACCCACGUCCUUCAGAGAUUCAGAUUGAUUGGUAUAAGUAAUUAGACCUUGAUGCGAAUCUGAUGUGCCGGUAUGCAGGCAUCAAUGGGUGCAGAUACAGCAUUGGGUAUGGGCUGCACGAGGCAGCAGAUGUCCGUGAAGCAGCUGCAGUCUGAGUGCUGGCGCAGGAGGAUCCCUUACAUUCCGCAGACGCGUGUGAGCCACAUCAUCUUGCUCGAGACGGAAAAUCCGCACGCGGACGAGCACGGAGACCUGGUGAGACGCUUGAUGCAGGACGCCUAUCCCGGCAGUCCCGGACCGUUGCCAGCGAGAGGAGUGUCCGGAGUUUGGACGCCCGGUGCGGGGAGCUUCUCACCAGGUGGUGAACGUUUGCCUGCUUGGACGGGCACAGUGGCGUCAGGCUUUGAAGCGGCAGAAGCAUCACCGCAAGGUGCAUGGCAGGCGCCCAGUGGCGUGCCCGGUGGCAUGCGCCCCCCACCCAGAUCCACCCCGAAGAGUACCCCGAAUGCCGGGCCGUACGGGCACGGCUGGCAGCAGGGAGCGUCAGGGACCUCUUCCGGGAGCUCUGCGAAUCAACGGCCACAAGAUCGGCGCAGGUCCGAUCGUGCCUUUCCAGAGGUUGUCGUCCAGGACAUCGCAGGGGCCGAGCAUUACCAAACGUUGGGCUUGCAGCCGACGGCGACCGUGGUCGAGGUCCGGAAAGCAUAUCGGAAGCUGGCACUCAAAUACCAUCCCGACAAGAGCAAGGACGUGGACGACGGUGCGCGGUUCAAAGAGCUCAGCAUCGCCUACCAGGCAUUGUGUGAGCUGCUCGACUAGGCGCUGCGUGACCCAAAGCUGGCACAAAAUGCUGCGAAUUCUGCGGGGUUUGAAGAAGACAGGUGGUCGUCAUGG